AUGGACGUGCCGUCGAGGCCCUCUGUUGCAGCGUCCUCCACGGCCCCGCAAGGCCGCCCAAAGCCACGUGCGCUUGCAUUACAGCGCAGCGGUGGUGGCGCACUAGGCAGCGGCCGCACGCAACGUGGCGAAUCUCGCGUUUCAGGAACGGCUGCCAUACACGGGGCCCCAACACGGCAACCCGCCCACUCGGAGCGCAGUGGACAGCGACACACGUCGUCGGGCACAUCUCUGAGCAUCGCGGCAAACAAUGCCGCCGCCGAGUGUUCGGCACCCGCACUACCGAGUACCGGUUGCCCGGCGUCAUCGGCGCAGCAGCAUGGGGCUAGCGUUGAUCUUCCGUAUGCUCUGCAUGACAUGGACGAGCACUUCUUCACCAACAGGCAGAACUGGAAAACUGAAGAAGAGCUUCCGGGCCUGGUCUGGUCGUUGCUCGAGGGCGUGACGCUGGAGGCACCCUACACCAGCCAUCUGUGGGCGCAAGCCUACGCAAGCCCUGCUGACCUCUUGCCAGCGCCGAAGGCAAAAGCAUCCGUGCUGCCCGAUAUGUUUGUGCACCGCGAGAGCCAGCAGCGCACCAACGGCUUCUACGCGUGCGUGCGGUGUGGCACACCGGUCUGCGAACCAUCUCAUCAAGUGAUACCGGCAUCUUGCUCUCUUCGCGGUAUCGCAGUGUUCGAUGCCCUGCAUAUGAACGGCGUGGAGCUCCGCGUCUGCACGCCAACCGUGAAAGGCGUAGCGCCGCCGCAGUCGCGUGAGCAGCGCUCUUCGUCACCGAGUUUCCCAGCCGUCAAAUCGCUCGGCAAAGUAGGGGGCGCUGCGGAGCUCGAUGUGGUGGCGGGCGGGCUGCGCUUCCUCGUGCAUUGCCGCCACUGCAAUGGGUGCCUGGGUGUGAUGCGGUUUGGUGAGAUAACGGCACCCGCCGCUGCACCUGCCACGACGCUCUUCUGCGCGAACAGCGCGUGCCUCGAGUACGUGCCCUACCGCACGCGUGCCCGGCUUGAUCAGUCGAUAAUGACUGAUACGGGUGCCGAUCCCGAAGCAGGCAGUAGUGGCCGCGGUGAUGGCGCGGCUAGCAUGUUCGGCCGCGCCUCUGCGGCGGAGCACGCCCAGUCCAGGGCUACACUGGGGUCUCUAUUUGGUCCGCCGCACGGGGCGGUGGCGUGGGGCGUCGAGGGAGCCAUCGGUGUCGACUAUCGGGAGGAGCAAGGGAUCAUCAGCUACGCUGGCGACGACACCCGCCUCGAUGCGUCGUUCGACGCCUUGCUGAAGGAUCUCGACCCGUGCGCUGAUCUAACACCGAUAUCCAGCAGUGUUGGCUCAGACGGAUAG